CGGCGGAAGAGAUGAGGGUGCUGGUGCGGUGCUGCUGCGGACCCCUGCCAGUCGGGGGCGGCGCGGGCCGGAGGCCGAACCCACGCUGGCGAGCGCUGGCCAGGCUGAGCGCGGCCCCUAGCUGGGAGGACGGCCAGGGCGCUCGCGUGCGCGAGAAGCCUCCUUGGAGGGUGCUGUUUUUCGGCACUGAUCAGUUCGCCCGCGAAACGCUGCGGGCGCUGCACGCCGCCAGGGAAAACAAAGAGGAAGAGUUAAUUGAGAAGUUGGAGGUGGUCACAGUGCCCUCCCCAUCACCGAAAGGACUGCCCGUGAAGCAAUAUGCUGUCCAGUCUCAGCUUCCAGUGUAUGAGUGGCCAGAUGUGGGAUCUGGAGAAUACGAUGUUGGUGUGGUAGCAUCAUUUGGCCGACUUUUGAGUGAGGCUCUUAUUCUUAAAUUUCCCUACGGUAUCUUGAAUGUCCAUCCCAGUUGCCUUCCGAGGUGGCGUGGUCCAGCCCCUAUAAUCCACACCAUCCUCCACGGAGACACAGUUGCUGGUGUGACGAUUAUGCAGAUUAAACCUAAAAGGUUUGAUGUAGGCCCAAUCCUCAAACAGGAAACGGUUCCUGUGCCACCCAAGAGCACCUCAAAGGAGUUGGAAGCCGUGCUGUCAAGACUGGGCGCCAACAUGCUUAUUUCAGUUUUGAAAAAUUUGCCUGAAAGUUUGAACAACGGAAGACAGCAGCCAGCCGAGGGGGUGACGCAUGCCCCUAAGAUUUCUGCUGCUACCAGCUGUAUAAAAUGGGAGGAACAAACUUCAAAGCAGAUAUUCAGACUUUAUCGUGCCGUUGGAAAUAUAAUCCCGUUGCAGACACUCUGGAUGGAUAAUACCAUUAAACUUCUGGAUUUGGUAGAAGUUGAUAGUUCAAUCCUCAGUGAUUCAAAAUUAACAGGACAGGCUGUUAUUCCAGGAUUAGUAAUAUACUACAAACCGUCACAAAUACUGCUGGUUUGUUGCAAGGUACACUGUCUUUUAGUUUCACAUUAUUACACUUCUUUUGCUGAGUUUGUAGUUUGUGUUAUUUGUCAUUUUUAGUUGGGUCAUCACUCAACUAUCUGCCUGUCCAUCAGGUUGUGAUGACGUUUUACCAAGGUGUUACUAUUGCUCAGACAAUGAAAAAUGAUUCAGUAACUUUGUUGUUGUUGUUUAGUUGCUAAGUUGUGUCCAACUGUUUUGCAACCCCAUGGACUAGAGCCUGC